AUAACAUUGUAAAGUAUCUGGUAAAGCAGCACUUCAUCCCAACUGCACGAUGGAAAAUGAAGUAUUUGCUUCGUGGGCUUUUUAUAGCACUCUCCUAAUUGUAAAGAUGUAUCUCCUGGCUAUAAUGACAGGUCAGAUCCGUCUGCGCAGAAAGGCAUUUGCUAAUCCAGAGGAUGCAUUGAGACAUGGAGGAUUACAGUAUUUCCGAGAAGAUCCUGAUGUAGAGCGAUAUCGGAGGGCCCACAGAAAUGAUAUGGAGAACAUUUUCCCUUUUCUGUUCCUUGGAGCCAUCUAUUCAAUCUUGGAUCCUAACCCUACUGUAGCCAGGUUCCACUUUAGAAUUUUCUUCCUAUGCCGUCUGAUCCACACAGUUGCAUACGUGCUGGCACUGAAAGCUCCAACGCGUUCCGUGGCCUACAGCAUUGCUCAAAUUCCUUGCUUCUCCAUGGCCCUGCAAAUCCUUCUGUCUGUCGCCUCCUAUUGGUAACACUGUGCCAGGAACUCAAUAAACUGACUGCCCAUAAAGGAUGUCGGGAAGAGGUUAACCAUUUUCAAUGGGACAUCAAGCAGUGAAUAUGUUGACAUUUAUAAUUCUUUUGUCUCAAGAAACUGCAUUCAGUUAGGAAAACAAUGGUUUAUGAUAUGAAACUAGCUACGGUUAUGUUGGCCCUCGGUUUGGUCUAUGACGGCGCCAGCCCUGUUUUUAAACUGGGGAUGGGGAGUUUACUCGUUUUAAUAUGAAGUAAUUGUGAGAUGCAUACAGUAUAUAUCUGCCACGUAUUCCAGCAUCACUUCCAGUAUAAUCCGUAACAACAUGAAGAGAAUUCUCAGCUAUUAUAUAUUUUAGAAACACAAACAACUUCCCCUCUUUUUCCCUUUGUUAAUGACAAAAGCUGGUGAAAUGGACAUCCCUCCAAUAUGGGUAACUGAUAUAUGGGUUUUUUUACAGCUUAUAGAUGAAGGUUUUUUUUUCUUUACAAAAUCAGAGGUCCCACCAGCAAUACAUGUAUUCUUAUACUGACUAUAUAUUAUUUUUAUGUUAACUUUUAUAUGUAAUAAAUGCACACGCAUGUGA